AUGGCUCUGAGCUGUCGGGCGCACGCCUUCUCUGUGGAAGCCUUGGUGGGGAGACCCAGCAAAAGAAAACUACAAGACACAAGAGAGCAGGAGCAGUCUGAGCUUCAGGAGAAUGAGGGCGGAGAGGAAGAGGAGGAGAGAAAGAACAACGCUGCAGAGAAGAAUGAGCAGCUCGAAAUGCCACCCAAGACAGAGCCCUCAACAACUGCGCUCUCCGGCUCUGGUGGAGGCAGUGGUAACGACAACCAGCUCAAAAGUCUGAAAGAGAAAGAUAUUAUCCAAGUGGAACUUCAAGGAUCCGAGCUGUGGAAGAGAUUCCAUGACAUUGGGACUGAGAUGAUCAUUACCAAGGCGGGCAGGCGAAUGUUCCCCUCUGUUCGAGUCAAGGUGAAAGGGCUGGAGCCAGGAAAGCAGUACUCUGUGGCCAUGGACGUAGUGCCAGUGGAUUCUAAACGCUACAGGUAUGUGUAUCACAGCUCGCAGUGGAUGGUAGCGGGAAAUACAGACCACUCAUGCAUGACAACCAGGUUCUAUGUUCACCCGGACUCGCCCUGCUCAGGAGAGACCUGGAUGCGGCAGAUAAUCAGCUUUGAUCGCGUUAAACUCACCAACAAUGAGAUGGAUGACAAAGGCCACAUCAUUCUACAGUCCAUGCAUAAGUACAAGCCCCGUGUGCACGUGAUGGAGCAGGACACCAGGGUUGACCUGUCCCAGAUUCAGUCCUUGCCUGCUGAAGGAGUUAAAACAUUCUCCUUUAAAGAAACUGAGUUCACCACGGUGACAGCUUACCAAAACCAGCAGAUUACCAAAUUGAAAAUAGACAGAAAUCCUUUUGCUAAAGGAUUUAGAGAUCCUGGGAGAAACAGGAGUGUAUUGGAUGGGCUUUUAGAGACCUACCCAUGGAGGCCUUCUCUCAUUUUGGAUUUUAAAACCUUUGGUGCAGACACACAAAGUGGAAGCAGUGGCUCAUCUCCAGUGACUUCUAGCAGAGGGGCUCCUUCUCCUUUGAACUCCUUAAUUUCUCCACCUUGCUCUCCACCUACGUUUCAUUUACCUUCAAGCUCCUUUGGAAUACCCUGUCCAGAGGCAUACCUUCACAAUAUCAAUGUACCCCUUUGCUACAAGAUUUGUCCAACUAAUACUUGGCGACGGCAACCAAGUCUUGUAUUACCUGCUCCUGAAAGGCUAGCAAACAGCAACAGUUCUCAGUCUUUAGCCUCACUCAUGAUGGAAGUGCCCAUGUUAUCUUCUCUGGGGGUUGCCAAUUCAAAAAGUGGUUCAUCUAAAGACUUCAGUGGGCAAUAUCUACAAGCACCUAAUUCUGCAAAUCAAAUGUUCUAUGGAUUACAGACACAUGGAAACAUUUUCCCACAAAACUCCAUUGCCCAGGAAGCACUUGGUUGCUCUUUCCAUUCUUCUUAUGGUUUUUAUAGGUAUAACUUCUCUAUGCCAUCUAGCCUGGUAAAUGCUACAAGCCAUUUCACAAUGAAUGACAACAGUCAAGUUUCUUUUAGAGAAGGCAAAUGUAACCAUGCUCAUUGGUAUCCAGCAAUUAACCAUUACCUUUAA